AUGAACCUUCUCUCCUCCAUAGGCCAAUUCUUCGCCUUGGAGACUCUUGAUGCUCGGCUCUGUCCCGCACGGGAUCCUGCUCGACACAAGGCCAUUGUAGCGAAGGCUCAUCCUGUUGUGAGAUGGAAUACUUGGGAAUUCAAGUUCUACAUGGUGGUAUUCAUAGUGGUGGUGCCGAUGAUGUUCAAAACGGCGAUGAAUGCGCUGAACGAGACGAACGCGAACUAUUCGAAGUUUCUGCUGUUGCUUAGUGAUGGCUGGAUGUUUGGCCGGAAGGUGGAUAACUCCGAUAUCCAGUAUCUGUUCCUACGGGACAAUUUCUGGUUGAUCUGGGGGCUUUUGGUGGGCCACACCGUGUUGCGGAGGGUGGUUUCGGCGUUGGGGAUGAAGAAACGGACCACGUUUGAUUUGAUGUUUGGGUUGGUGUUUUUCUUCGCGCUUCAUGGUGUGAAUACCAUCCGGAUCAUGCUCCAUGUGGUGGUGAUGUAUUACUUGGCUCGUAGACUUAAGAACGGCAGCCAUGCGCGCUUGGCGCUUUGGACUUACGGUGUAUUUACGUUGUUCUUCAAUGAGAAGUUCAAACUGGUGCCGUUCCAUGUGGCGUUCCUUGAUGAGGGUGCGUUCAAGGGCAUUGUUCUGCGCUGGGAGGUGUUCUACAAUAUCUCCUUGUUGCGCAUUCUCUCGUAUAACUUAGACUAUUUGGAGAAACGUGAACAGGCUCCCGCAAAACCAGUCAAGGUUCCCGACAACUUGGACGACCGCGAACGGCUUGUGGCUCCGUUCCCUCUUGCUCAGUACAACUUUGAAAACUACAUGGCGUAUCUCUUGUACGCGCCAUUGUUCAUCGCCGGCCCCAUCAUCACCUUCAACGACUACUUGUAUCAGUCCAACUAUUUCCAGAGCCCCACCACCAAGGACUUGAAGCGUAUCGUCACUUAUGGCGCCCGUCUUCUCUUUUGUGUGCUAGUAAUGGAGUUCAUUCUUCAUUUCAUGUAUGUGGUGGCAGUUUCGAAAACAAAGGCGUGGGAUGGCGAUACGCCGUUCGAGCUCUCGAUGUUGGGUCUUUUCAACUUGAACGUCAUCUGGCUCAAGCUCCUUAUUCCAUGGCGCUUGUUCCGUCUCUGGAGUUUGAUCGAUGGCAUUGACCCUCCGGAGAACAUGAUCCGUUGUAUGGAUAACAACUACUCGGUGGUGGGCUUCUGGAGAGCCUGGCAUCGGUCAUACAACCGUUGGGUUAUUCGCUACAUCUAUGUGCCCCUCGGUGGAGGCAGCAGCGGCUGGUUGACGCGUAUUGGCAACUCGCUAGUAGUUUUCAGUUUUGUCGCUGUGUGGCACGAUAUCGAGCUCAAGCUCCUCAUGUGGGGCUGGCUCAUCGUGUUGUUUCUUCUCCCAGAGAUCCUCGCUACAAUUGCCUUCCAUAAGUACCUCAGCCAGCCCUGGGCGCGGUAUGUCUGUUCCAUCGGAGCCGUGGCCAACAUCUGGAUGAUGCUGAUUGCCAAUCUCUAUGGUUUCUGUUUGGGAGAGGAGGGAACUUUGGCGCUUUUUGCCGCCAUCACGGGUAGUUGGGAGGGCUUGUGUUAUUUGUUCUUGUAUUCGAUGACACUCUUUGUCGGGACGCAAGUGAUGUUCGAGCUUCGUGAGUGUGAAAAGAGACGCGGUGUGGAUGUGAAAUGUUAG